AUGCCUCGGCUGCUUGACGGCAGGAGGGAGAGGCAGCCUAACGAAAGCGAGGGGUGGGAUUGGAAGAAGCCGUGUGACUUUUACGGCAGAAGAGCGCCGUCGCGCUUUACGGCGCCGCCCGAGAAUCUCGCGGAGCUGGGGUGUUCGGUUCGCCGGCUGAUCCACUCUCCAGUCGCGUGGCGUUCCCAAGGCGACUUGCAUCUUUCGGGACCUCCUCAAAACAGUUCGUUACCUUGGAAGCAUGUUUACAGCAUCGCUCUAAACGGGAUUAAGCAGAAGCAAACCCCUCCAAUUCCCUAUUGGGUGGCCCCAAACACCACAAUCUACCAAAGCAGUUUGUUCUACAAGCCAGGAAUCUCCAGGGCCACAGCAGCUGUCCUGGGUAUCCCAUCUGAAAUUCCGGUUAAGUGUCACGAUCUGAGGCAAAUUCCUGAACAAGACUCCAGAGAAACUUGCAAAACCAAGAACUGCAGGCCACAAGCUAAGCAGAGACCAGCUACUGGACAUCACAAAAGACAUCUCUCUCGGCAUCAAGAGAACUCCUCCUUAACAGAAAUUGAGCCAUACCUGGACACUGGACCACUGUCAGUCCAAGAUGGAAUUCAAGAAGCAGAUGGGAAAGUGGAAAUUGUGAAGCUCACAUCAACAGCAGCUGCCACAGCUCCUGGAAUGGUCUUGGCGCUGAUCAUCUUAGUGGCUUCUGUCGUCAUUGUGCUCUUUGCUAUGGUGGCCCUGCUGCUGUGCCAGAGAUGUUGUGCUGUUGCCGCCCUCUCCUAACACAGCAUUUUAAGGAAUUCUUUUUGUGUACAGUAUUUAAUAAAACGUUUCAGUGUG